AUGACUCAAGAUACUGUUCAUAUUGGAGGAAGAAGAUCUAAACUGGCUGUAGUACAAUCUGAAAAAGUCAAAGAAAUGAUACAGGAUGCUUUCGAACAAUAUAAUUGUAAAUUGACAAAGACUCAAACUUUAGGUGAUCAAAUUCAAUUUAAACCUCUUUAUUCUUUCGGUGGGAAAGCUCUUUGGACUAAAGAAUUAGAAGAUUUACUAUACUCUUCUGAUAUGGACCUCAGAUUAGACGUUGUUGUUCAUUCGCUAAAGGAUAUGCCUACUAUCUUACCUGACGGGUUUGAAUUAGGAGGGAUUACAAAAAGAGUAGAUCCUUCGGAUUGUCUUGUUAUGGCGUUAAAUUCUCCAUACAAAUCCUUAGAUGAUCUACCAAAAGGUGCUGUCGUAGGUACGUCUUCUGUAAGAAGAUCUGCCCAAUUGAAAAGAAGAUACCCUGAUUUAAUCUUCGAAAGUGUUAGAGGGAAUAUUCAUACGAGAUUAGAUAAAGUCGACGACCCGGAAUCUCGUUAUACAUGUAUUAUAUUGGCUACUGCAGGCCUGGUUAGAAUGAAUUUGGAUUAUAGAAUCACUCAAAGAUUCGAUUCAAAGAUAAUGUAUCAUGCUGUAGGUCAAGGUGCUCUAGGUUUAGAGAUUAGAAAAAACGACCCUAGAAUGCAUCGUAUCCUAGAAGAAAUUUGUGACUUGGAGACAACUGUAUGUUGUCUUGCAGAAAGAUCGUUAAUGAGAACGUUGGAAGGUGGUUGUUCGGUACCAAUAGGUGUAGAGACUCAAUUCAAUAUUAACACAAAGACUUUAACUUUUAAAGCUAUUGUCAUUGGAGUCGAAGGAACUGAAUGGGUAGAAGACUCCGAAAGGAGAGUCCUUGUAGACUUAAAGAAAGAUGCAAUCGAAUGUGGUACAAUCUUAGCUAAUAGAAUGAUUGAAAAUGGCGCUAAGAAGAUCCUGGACAAUAUUAACUUAAACAAAAUCAAAUAA